AGCUGCGAUCUCGAUCCGCAGACGGCCUUUACCUACGUACCUCCCUGGGUUGUUUCUGGAAUCGAUCCUCCAACGGGCUCUGCCGGGGGCGACACGCUGAUAUUGAUUUCCGGGGCGGGGUUCCGCUCCAGCGACAACGUGCUGUGCCGUUUCGGAAGGAACCAGGGCCGGGGGCAGUUCUCCGCGCGGGCGGAAGUGAUUUCGGAAACCGAAAUUGUGUGCCUCACCCCCGCAUUUUCGAGUGACAUGCUGGCAACGGGCAGCGCUAGUGCGUUGGACAAACUUGAGGUAGUGGUGUACGUGGCCAUCAACGGGGUGGAUUUCCUCGCGGGCAAGAACCCCGGCGUGACCUUUGAGUAUCUGAUGGAGUUCACCGUGGAGUCUGUGAUCCCUCCUCUAACCAUUGACUCCGGUGGGGAACAGCUAGUAGUUCGAGGCGUGAACUUGGGGAGCUACGUGCAGUACUGCGUGUUUGGAGGCGACCCCUUGGCCGAGCGGGUCCGGGAAGAGGACCGCGUAAUUGUAGUGCCCAUAAAGGCAUUCCUGUCGCACCGAGAGGUACUGUGUGAGGCUCCGCAGUGGUACAUGCAGGAGGGGGUAGUACAGGAGCGGGUGUGGGUGCGGCUGUCGCGCCUUGGUCGCGCUACCGACGCGUUUAACUCCGAUGCAUUUGUCACGUACACGCGCGUCCCCCGGGUCGACGCCAUUUUCCCGCCCGAAGGCAUCUUUCAGGGAACGACCCUGGUGACCGUGUCGGGUCGGUACUUCAAGUACUACAUGCCGUUCGAUCCCUUCGACAAAUCCAAGUCCACCUCCGUCUUGGAGGGUCCGGGAAACGACCCGGCGGUGGUGUCCAACGUUACCUGGAGCGUCGUGUGUGAAUUCAACCAGAUUCAGCGCGUCCCCGCAGUGGUGCACGGAUUUGACACGAUCACGUGCCUCACCCCGCCGACUUUGAAGCCGGAGGAAAAGCCCGGGCACCACGUCACGUUCGAUCUGAUCAUUGAGUCUUUCGGAAAGAAGCACAAUUUUACCACACGCGAUUGGCCCAACCUGCACCAGAACUUGUUUUACUACCGGGCUCCCGAAUUCCGGAUCGUGGACGCUUUCCCCCUGUCAGGUCCGGAGUUCGGUGGAACGACCGUCAGUCUGACUGCCGACGCUCCGCUGCUAAACUCUCGAUUCCUGGAAUGUCGGUUCGGCCCGACGAAAGUUGCGAUCAAGUUGGUGGACGCGUUCCACGCGACCUGCGAGAGUCCCGCGGUGGGCGGGUUCACCGGGGUGGAGCCGCCCGUUACUGUGGACGUUGAGGUCCUCUUCGCGAACGCGACCCUGAACGGGACCAAAGUCCGGUUCCACUACUACCUCACUCCGUCUGUGUCGCGGGUGGUGCCGCCGUUCGGGACUACCGAGGGGGGAACCAUCGUGCAGCUUGAAGGCUCGCACUUCAUCGAGGAUCCGAAUCUCACCUGCAAGUUCGGCGACGUGCCCGUCCCCGCAACGCGGUUCAUCAACCAGAACCUGAUACUGUGCAAGACGCCUCCCCACCAGGCUGGCAUCGUCACCGUUCGCGUCGGGAACAACGGUCAGAAUUUCGUAGCCAGUAGCGACGCGCGGUACGAGUUUUUCAAGACAAAACAGACCUUCUACCUGGUGCCCUACCUGGGUCCGAUUCUGGGAAACACGCGCGUGGUCGUGGAAGCCGAAAAAAUUCCGACGGGGGCCGACAACAUGAUUCGGUGCAUUUUUGGCGUCACGCGGACGGUCGGGGUGAAAAUCGACGACUCGCAUUUUAUGUGCGUCACCCCGCGGCAGCAGGAAGCGGGAGAGCUGACGGUGAAGAUCACCUUCAACCUGCAGGAGUUCGCGGAGGCGAGCCAGGCAUUUUUGUACUACAACGAGCCUGUUGUGCAGAGAAUCACCCCGCCGCUGGGUCCCAGUGGCCAGGUGACUUUCCUGAAGAUCGAAGGCACGAACUUCAUCAACACGGACUACUUGCGCGUGCGCUUUGGCGGCACUACCCGGAAGCAAGUCACGACCGCCGCCGUGGCCGCGGCGGAUUUCCAGGAGAACGCGUACGCGAGCCUCGAGGCGGUCGAUGCGAGCAAUGCCGAGUUUCCCGUUCGGAAGGCGUUCUGGGUGUCUAGUACGGAGAUACAUGUCGAGACGCCGGUGUUGACGUACCUGGACGGUCGAGAAGACUACACUCGGCUUCCAAUCUACGUGAGCAAUAACGCGCAGAGCUACUCCCCAGACGGCGUCGAGGCGUGGGACAAGGAGAGUACGCGUUACGACAGCGUGCUGAAGCACUUCGUGUUUCACCCGGAUUUGGUUCUCACCCAGGUGCGCCCCUCGGAGGGAAUGCACUACGGCGGCGCCCCGGAGGGCGGCUACGUGUCCGUGGCCGGAAACCACUUCAUGAAUACCAGCUACAUCUUUCCCGACCACGAUGUCGGGUUGCUCAAAUGCGCAUUCGAAUGGGUAGAAAGCCGGGCGAUAUUCGUCUCUACCACACAAAUUCUUUGUGAAGUGCCGAACAUGCUUGCCGCUCGGUCGUACGCGAGCGUUGGUUUCGCUGCGUUGCGGGUCACGCUAAACGGGCUGGAUUGGUCGCGUUCAGUUCUGCAAUUUCGCUUCCUGGGAAUCUGUCCUGCCGGGAGCUAUUGCCGCCACAAGGACUACCUGGACUAUGGCUACCGCGUCGUGAAGUGCCCCGUGGGUCACAAUUGCGAACACGCAGGGAAUUCCGAGCCGAUGCCUUGCAAGCCCGGGUCGUAUCAGUCUUGGGAAGGACAGCACCAGUGCCGCGAAUGCCCAAGAGGGUUUUACUGUCCCAAUGGGAGGCAAAUUGAGCCGCUGCGUUGCCCGAACGGUUGGAUGUGCGACGAGAUUGGGCUACAGAUGCCGUAUCGGCUUUGCCCGGGCGGCCACGUCUGCCUUGGCGGUGUGGCCACGGCGGAUCAUCACCUCAUGCUUCGGUACCCUGCCACAGAGACGUUCUACAACAACGAGACCGGCGAGAUCAUUGUUCGGACGAGCACGGAGAAAGACAUACCGAACGUCAUGUACGAUCCGCAGGUGAUUCCGCAGAAGCCGACCUUGUGCGGGGCUGGGUUGCACUGCUACCCUGGUACGGCAUCUCUGCAGCCCGCAGUCCCGGGACGUGGUAACUACUCGACGCCGCAGCCCUGCUUUCAGGGAUUUUUUUGCCCACCGGGCUCGAAGACUCCGACUGGAGACGCUGGGGCAUGCCCGUUGGGGAAGUAUUGCCCCACGCCGCGGCACUCCGGGCUCCUGUGUCCAGAUCGGUACAUGUGCGGCCGGCUCCCGGGCGCCUACGAGCCGGAGCCCUGUCCGAAGGGGACUUUCAACCCCUACGUCGGACAGACGAACUGCACUCUUUGUACCGAAGGUGGCAUCUGCCCAGCUACACGGAUGCGCGAGCCGGAUCCGUGUCCGUGCGGCAAGCUGUGCGACGAGCGCGGCCUGUCCAUCCCGAGGAAGCUUUGCCCGGCCGGGGUGAUGUGCGACGAGGGCACGGCGACGCCAGUGGAACCGGGUUUGUGCGAGGCGGUGCUAUACGACAACAUUCUGUACGACGUCGGCACCGAAUCUGGGCGCGCGGCUAUUUGCUACUUGGAUAUCGGCCAGUAUUACGUUGCCUACACCGAGGUUGCCGUCCGCUCCCCCCGGAUGGUGGAAGCUUUCGAAACCAUGUGGGACAACGCGGCUUUUUACUCCGAAGCUGACUUCAUUCGCCACUCAGGUUGGCGGGUGGAGCCGCCGAGUUUCAGUAGCUGGACCAACGAGCUGGAACUACGGGACGGGGGGAAGGCCACCUGUUGUUGGUCUGGUGCGAAGGUGCGCGGAUACUUGGUGGACACCCUGAUGCCGCAGUUUGCCGCGGACCGGCUGGCAACCAACACCUUUUCGCGGUUCAUCGAGUGGGUGGACUACUUCAACGCCUGGCACGCGCGGCCCGAGAUGGAGGGCCAGCCAAAUUACCUACGCGAGUUUGACGGCCUGGAGUUGCUGGAGCGCACCGAGACGUGGUGGCGCACAACGGGGGACUUUGUGCUGGAGCCGCUGCGCAAGCAGCUGAUGUACAAGAUCCAGGAGCUAUGGAUUUUUAUGCGGCCACUGCCGUGCAAUCCCGGAGCCUACUGUGCGGAGGGCACGUGUCCGCGGUUCGACACUGGCGGAUUGGUGGUGGUGAACUACACCACAGCCUCGAAGAGUAUCACAACCACGGUUGCCCCGACGCUGCGAGAGCUGCUUGGAAAGCGGCCCCUGGGUGGUCGUCCACCUUCCCGGCCUUUGUACAACUGGACAACUACCCAACCGCCCCCAAUCGCAGGCGUCAACAAGAACUACAACCCAUAUGUGCCUGCCGCACCAAUCGACCCAGAGACUUUCAUGCAUCCUGGAUCCAUGUACUUCGCGCGAAACGGGUCCGACUCCGGGCGCUUGCUGAAGCAGCAGGAGCUUGUGCAGAGGAUGUUGCAAACCAUGUCGCUACUAACCGCGUCGCAGGAAGUAAAGGACCUCGUCCAGGCGUGGCAAGACGCGGGGGCACAGGGAUGCAUUUCGAGCUUCCCGGACGGUCGUCCGCUUCCCUUCUCGAUUCCUCAAAUUUCGUGCCCCAACCCGCUGCAUGCCAACGCACCGCAGCAGUGCCCGGCUGGUCGAUUUUGUGGCGCGCGUGCGGCGUCCGCCGCAGGCACAGCAGAGUGUCCCCCGGGGACAUUUUGCGAUCCGGGGAGCAAGGAGCCGCGGCCAGCCCCCGAGGGUCAGUUCGUGACUGAGCCGGGACGCGUUCGUGGAGCCACCUGCUUUCCUGGGCAGUUUGCACCUUCCAAGAGUUCGCCGAAGUGCGAGCCCUGUCCACCCGGGUACUCGUGCCCCGAGUUUGGCACCGCAACGCCCUUCAUCUGCUACAAUGGCCAGUACCGUGAGCCUCUGAUCUCGACCAUGGUGGCGGGGUCUAUCUCGUGCAAUCCCUGCGGAGUGGGGAUGUGGUCCCUCUGGCGCGGCACGCCGGACCUGACCAGUUGCGAUCCGUGUCCCGCCGGCCGAGUCUGUCCGCCAAACACGGGAAACAUUUCGGAGUCCACCGCCUGCCCCGAGGGACGGAUCUGUGGGGACGCCAUGACGCCCGCCUUGUCCACGGAAGGAAAUCGCUGCUUCAACGGGUUCUUCUGCCGCAUUGGCACAACCCCCGCGGAAGCCUUCGAACAGCCGUCGGUUCGGGGAUUUUACUGCGGGGAGGGGACGAGUUUUCGCAACCGCUUCAAGUUCCGCUGCCCGGUAGGCUUCUUCUGCCCCACGGCAACGGGGUACAAGCGGGAUUUGUCGCGCCCGAUGAUGUCGGGGUCCGUGCACAUCGGGCGCCAAGACUUUUACCAGGCGCAGAAAUUGGCCCAGUUUUGCGGGCGGAGGGCAUUCAUCACACAGGCGAUGAAGGUGCAGAACAACAUCCGGCGGAAUGCCAAGUUUGGCAUCACCCUGGAGCAGUCGGAGAUUGAUCGCGAGAUCUCAAAGUGGUACGAAACUUUUACCAGUCUCUGUACCGUGCGGGCCCUGUUUCACGUAAUGGGAGAGGCACUGCUUACGGUAGCAAACUGCAACCCUGACGAGGGCACACGGGUUUGCCGGAUCCACAGUCUGGAAGGCCCUAACGGAGGCGACUUCAAUGUGGACGAAGUGCUGAAUUGUGAGGAGACCGCGACCUCCACGAAUGCUCUCGACUGCAUGAAUUCCAUCCGUUUUCACGCGGGCCAGUUGUUCACCCUCCCGAGUAGCAAAGUGAAAAAAACCCCACCCCAUAUAGAAAAGACAACUUGAAGAUGUGUUGCUGCAUUUGUGUAUACAAAGGAGCUUUGUAUUGCAGCAAAAGCUUGUCGGCAUAUUCUAAGUCCAUUUGGGUACGCAUCCGGCUAGCCGCUGAGCAUGAGGAGCAAGUCUGACGUAGGUGAAAACGCAUGACAGGCUCGCUAUACAAUGCGCCACAUGAUGGGUGCUGUUUGCCUUGUACGCAAGAAAAAGCUGAUCAUUGGUGGCCACAGAUCAGCGUCAUAUGGGGAGGGGGUUUUUUCCUUACGAUACCGAAUAAGAUGCUUUCAUCGUUUUCGAACAAGUGCAUCGCGUUACUGCAGUGAAAAAUGCCCCCAUACCGAAAGUUGCAAUAAUUUGUGAUGCGGAGUUUACAAAUGAAAACAUACGAAUCUUUCUGAUGCAGAGUUUCGUCGUAUACAGCAUCGCUUGCAUGACAAGUGCCGCGCCUGCUGGGAUCUUUUGCACUACGCACAGACUCAUGCUAUUCACGAUUGAAAAUCUCUGAUGCUGAUACAUGCAAGACGGCGAGUUUUUCUACAGGAAAGGUUUACACUGCAAAUGCUCCCCGGUUCUGUGGUGGGGGCAUUUUUCAUUGCAAUACGCGUACCACCAGCAGCUGGGUCCCUGCUUGCCCGGCACCGAGGUGGUUCGAGCCCAAACGGUGAUGAGCGAUUCGGUGUACGCCGAGAAAGAAUGCCACCGCGAAUACCACCCGUCGUGCGACCCAGGACAGAGCGCCCACGCCAACGCAGAGUCCGGCUGUCCCCGCGAAGAGUACUGCGACGGCGUGGACCCCGCCCAACAGGCAAACUGCCGGGAUGACUACACGUUUUUGAAGGUGCAGCGCCCCGCCAAUGACACGCCAGGAACCUCAUCGCCUCUGGUGUCCGACGGGAAAGCGAUUCGUAACCGGUUUAUGGAGCCGGUGGAAGGCGAGGUGACGAUGAUCCGCUACCAGAGCCAAUUCCAGUGUUUGUGUGAGUUCGCCGAGGCGAAUUACACGCGCUGCUUUCGCAACGGUUACCCAAUGCCCAGUUGCCUGGACGGCGGCGACCCGAGUUGCAUCGACUGGAUUCUGUCGGAGAAGAACCAAGUGAAGCUAGCACGGCAACAGUCCUCCGCUGCGAUCGCGGACCCCGUCACGGACGAUUUCGAUCUCCUUCCGAAAGCGCACCUCGCCUACGUGCACGAAGCAAUCAAGCGCGAGACGCAAAUGCAGUACGAUGCCGGGGAGGCUUCCCUAGCUCGGUGUCCGUACGGGACCAUGACGCAAACCGACGGCAGUUUCCAGAUGGAGCUCUGUGUGGCGCGCAAGGUUGUGUCCUUCCUCCGGGACAUUGACACGGAAGACAUUGUCGUCGUGAAGCUGGACCCUAUCGACAUUGAUCUCAGCUCAGGGCCUCUGAUUGAAGAAGCGGACUUGGAGCCGCGGCUGUGGACGAGAAAAAGUAGUCCCCAGCUGCCCGGAACCGGAGCGGUGCAACCGGGGAUCCCAACAGAUCCGGACUUUGCGUACUUCCAUGUGUUUCGCCUGGAGCCCCGGGACCUCGCGCUGAUGACGUUCGAUCUGCGGCACAUAACACCACGGAUGCGGUAUGGCCGCGACUGGCAGAUUCGAGUUUUUGUAGACCGAUCGAACGCUAAUCCGCCGUUGGAUCCGUUGCAUCUCGAUCCCCUGGACUGCGCAACGCUGGUCGCGGAUCGAGCGACCGCCGGAAAGUAUCCACACCGGGCCACCGACACGGCCCGGGCGAAGGGCUGCCGGGCACUAGAAAUGCCAACUUCGUUUACCUUCGACACUGAUUUGGAAACGUAUUCAUGUGCCUUGCUUUGUUCAAUCAUUUUUCGCUUUUGUAGUCUGAAAGUGCCAGACGCAGACCUGACAUGGUAAAUCGAAGGGCUCGAAACAAGAAAGCCGCUUACGUGGCACGCAGCGAGACCCCAGCAAUGCUCUGUUGUGUGGGAAAAUUGUUUUCUUCUUUGUUUGUAUCGCUGGGAACCCUUUCGAACCCGCCCUCCCACUGCCAAAACAGGCGACGUUGUGUCGUUCGAGAUGCCUGGCGCUCAAUGCAUUGCACUGCAGACAAUUAAGCUGCAGGGUUUCUAGGUGGAGCGAGGGCAGUGCUUCAAGCUCGCCUGAAGAUAACAAGCUGUCCAAGAAGAUUGCGCCACGUUGCCUGUAUGUGUGUACACCAGAGCACGAGGCUUUUCCUCGCGCUUUUUCACUAACUUCAUCUUGCUCUGACUCUUUCUUACGCCCCCUUUCCUCUCCUGGGCCCUACUGGGAUGGUUUUCCGAUGGGUUUUUUUCCUUCACACUCUGCCCGCUGAAACCGAUCAUUUAUUAGGUUUUACUUUUUUGCCCUCUGCCGGCUCUGCUCCCGGAGCAUCGAAGCAAAGGGAGAAAAGUUGGUUUUUGCGUGGUGCCUGUUUAUUGAGUAAGCAAUCAGUUUAUCUUUAUUCUUCGACUGUCAUCGUCGUGCUUUAGCUUUUGGCCUCUCCGCACAUCCCUCGUAGGUUUCUUGGUGGUUCCCACCUCGGGGCUCAGGGUCAGAUCGGUCCCAGCAGCAUCGGUGGAUGCGUUGGAUCUGAGGGCAGUACGCUCCCGAAGGAUGAAGGCAGUAAGGCAUGUCCCUUUGCGUUUCUUUGACUUUUACUUUCGUCUUUAUUUUGCUCGGCUUGUUGCUUUUUCCUCGGGCUCACCUGGAACCAAUCAACUACGUGUAACAUCGAUGUCCUAGUCUGUAUUUCUCACUUUGGCCCUAUGCCGUGUUGCAUCUGCAGUUGCUUCCAUCUGCCGCGUAUUUUCCCUCUAUCACGUCAUCUGGUGCGGUGCGGCCGCCGCGCAUAAGGUUUAGAGAGUUCAUAUAUUUCUAGGGUUGCGGUUUCUAUUUUGAUUUUACCAAAGCGCAUGGCAGGCUGUCCCGCCACAUAGGAAGCUGUCGAGUGCAGGCUCUUCAGGAAUGCAGAAAGCAAGGCAGGCGCAUCCACCUGGCCUAGAAGUGGGCGCGCGUAUCUUUUUUCUUUUUUCCUUACUCGCGCGUAGCCAAAACGGGCUUCGUGCGGAUAUGAGGGAUGCGGCUGGCAAGCAGCACCCCAGUGCAGACAAUUAAGCGAGAGGAAAGCACACAGCACACAGACAGUUCCUGGCUCGCCUGAUAGUUUUUCUUUAAAAAUGAUACCUCCAAACUAUCGAAGAGGCUUGAUGUCAACUUGUUUUUCUCUUACUCUCUCUGCAGAGUAAUGGAAUGCGGUUGCAAAUAUCCUUGUCUGAUUUGCGGGCUUUUCCUCGUAGGUAUGCCGACCCCGUGGUGUUGAAGAACACGGCCUUCACACUAAACUUGUACGCGGAGUACGAUAUCACACAGAAGAAAACUGGCAGGGCAUAUUUGUAAUGCAAAAAUAAAUACAGAAAAAAUCUGUAUUGCAUAUCCGAAACAGCAUGUUAUGGGGCCACCCAUGGCAAGUUUUUGCGUGUAUUUGUUUUUGCAUUACAAACAUGCCCUGCCAGCUUUUUUCUCUGGGAUAUACGAGAUCGACUUCAAAGUCGAAGUGCAGAUCCUGAACGGGCUGUUUGUCUAUCAAAUGUAAAAAUGUCUGGGUCUGGAAGAGUGCGCGAUUUGUCAUGCAGCUUGUCCAUGACCCAUGACGUCUGGAAUGCAGAACCUAGCAUGACAGAUUCUGUGCGAUCUCUCUCAUGCCUAUCCUGCAUGAGAAACUCCCUCCCGACUUGGUCAAAACUGGGCGACUUUUGGUAAUCAUGCAACACAGAUUUUUGCAUGCUUCAGAUUUGGCAUGACAAGUUGCAUUCUUCCAGACCCAGACAUUUUUACAUUUGAUAUUGUCGCCGAUCGGCUUAUGUUUGAACGCAGUUGCCUGCUGGAGAUUGUCCGUCCGCAACGCUCGAAGGUGGGCACCGACCUUGCUUUCGUCGCGACGAUUUCGCAAGAUCUGCGCGUGGAACUCCCCUACAACAUGCCCUUGUCCACCGUCAAAGUAGAAGACGAGGACGACACACCGAAGACCAUCCAGUGGGCCUUCCUCAAUUGGUCACCGGUACUGCAAAAUCAUUUUCACUGCAAGUAAAUGUAAAUGAGCAGAAGACUCUCUGAGCAGAGCAGAGCCUCUAAGUGACAUUUUUUGCAAAGGAGCGAAAAGCUGUGCGCGAUCGGAUUUUUAACAAGGGUCAAGAAAAACAAUGACGCCAACUUCUGAGAGCGUUGCAGUCCUCCGACGAUGCUCUGUCUCCCUGGAGCCCUCGCAAUAAGUAGUUUGGUCUUGGACCAAUAAGGUAAGAAUAUGGUUAAGAAUCUUUCGCCUCGUUGGGCCCACCAGGCCAACGUGCGUUCGAAGCAAAAGCUGGCACGAAAACCCUGGGCCAAAUCAUGGGCCCAGUUACGCUGCUCCUACUUGAUGCUAAUGCAUUCAGAUCAGGAGUUUUGCAAAGGUUUCGCGAAAGCUUCGCACAAGUGCGCCUACUUAUGCCAAAUUACUACAUAGCCGCAGACGCGUGUCCACCGGGCCGAAAGGGGUGAGCGCUUUUCGUUGCGGCUUCGCGGAGCCUUUGCAAGAACUCCUGCAAAAGUAGUCUCCGCCUAGCCCACUGACUGCUUGAACCUUGCGGAAGCAGAAAAAAGAGGGCGGCAAAACUGCAGCGGCUUUUUUCCUCGCGGUUCCCCGGCUCCGACGGAUGGACAAAUGACAGAAUAAAAAACAAAAAGCAAAACGAGGGGAGCGGGUUGAUGGGGUUUCGACAAGGAGCCCAGCUGUGUUCCUCCUGUGCUGGAUGUGGGCUUUCAUUAAUAUUCGCGAUAGGCCAGCCCAGCGGCUUUUUUACCGCCCCCCAUGCGAAGAGGUCUCCUACUGGAAUGCUAAGCGUCCGCAAGUGUUUCGAGACACAACUUUUGUGCAAUUUCUCAGCGACUUUCGCUUCCGUGUGUGUAGGUGGAAGUUGCCUGCGUCAAUUCAGUCGAGAAUUGGCGCUCGAAGAAAAGGCGCGGGGGCUCUGGCAAAAGCAGCGCGUUUUUGAGCCUGCUGCCCCGGCGGGGCCUUGCCGUAUUGGAUGGCCUGCGACCUUUCAGCGCGAAGCGCUCGCGACUUCUGGCCACAACUUGUGUCGUCAGCCGUGCCCCCGCGAGGGUGGGGGAGCAAUAUAACCCUCGGCGGUCGUGUGGCACGCACCGCAGCGCACUAUUCAGGCGCACUAGUAGCUUUGGCCCGGCAGCCGCAGCUAUGCGGGCUGUGCGAUCGCAGGACGCACGAGCGGCAUCCACAACUGCUACUUUUUCAAAUUUGGCAUAUCAUGUUUGCGCGGAUGCCGGAUGGUGCGUGGUGUCUCGUGUCUAUGGGUCUAAACAGAGAGGCCCUGACGAUCUCCGCAUGCCAGAUUAGUAGGCGCUCCCCGGCGCGUGCCUCAGCGCAUCGCCGCAGAUGAAGUUCGUCAUCUUCGGCUCCGCACAAUCUCAAAAAAACGCACGACAGGCCAAGCGCACGAGCGUGCCCUACCGCGCAAAUGCCGACGCGACUGCUUUGGAAAUGAGCAUUCCGCUGCACGUCGGGAUGCGCGCGUUGUCGACUGACAACGAAUUUGUCUUCAUGAUCAAGAAUACGUAUUUUGGCGGACGAAAGACCGUAGUGAUCGGGCACCUACCCUACUGGUCCAACUGUCGUGGCUUCGGGCGCGCAGCUCCUCUCUGGGCUAUUUUCGAGCAGGGGCGUACCUGUGAGUGGGAGGAGGCGCCGACGGUGAUUGGGUCAACAGACAUAGGGGCGCAGGCCUUCGGUGAUAAGUGUUCCCUGUACCAGCUCGAAUGCAUCAUGGACGAGAUCCCCAACAACAAACUUUCCGACCCUCGAUGGUUCGAGGCGUCGACAGGCACAGUACUGUUUGAGCUUCUAAAGACCCCCAUCGGGAACGGGAAAUUCAACGAGCUCAAUAUCCUGUGUAAAGACGUCCACGCCCAUCACCCAGAGUUAUGAUGUGCCUAUGUAUUUAAAAAAAAAAAAAAAGUUAUGAUGCAAUUUGUGAUGCGCAAGCAUCCCUAUGACAGGCAUUAUCAGUCGAUUUUUGGAAAUUGCGACGCUGUAAACUGGAUAUGGAUAAGCAGAUGGAUUUGCAAUGCGGAGGUCCUUGCUAACCUGCACUAAUACCAUACGGCCUGCAAGAACUUGUCAUGCGUGACUUGCAGCUACUCAGUCUGUUUGUGUCAUGCGUGACUUGCAAAACGUCUGGUCUGGAUUUGUGUUGCAAAGUCCCCAUAACGGUGACUCCGGAGUGAGGACGUUUUUACACAGGAUACUCAAGGAACGCGUCCUUCCCUUUACGGCCGACGAAGUGGUGCCCGUCACCGUGCAGCAGGGCGGCAGUAUGGCGGGAGAGCUUCCCGGCCAAGUCCUGCUGGUGGUGCAGUAUUGGCAAAGGAGUGAAACGGAGAAACAGCUUGUGAAGGGCGACGUAUACUACACGGAUUUCGCCAUUCCCUCGCAACGGCAGCAGCGGGGCCAAGACCACGUCGACUACAAGCUCGAUAUCCUGUACCUGCCCAUGAGUCACCGGGACGUACUGAUCAAUUUCGUGUUCUCGCGGCUUUUUUACACGAUCACCUACCAGAUCAUCGGGCUCACGGCUGUUUUCAUGGUUUUCGUGAAUUGGUGCUACCAUCAGUUUUGGAGUGAGAGCCGGGUUAUCCAAGAAAAAAACUGUGUUAGUGUAACUUUCUUUGGCUGACAGCAUCACAAAUUUGCUCUACACGACAGAGAAAACCUGUCAUGCGUGGCUUGUAAGGGAAAAUACACAUGAAAAAGGGACUUCAUGGCUGUGUGGCAUGACAGGCGUAACUCUGUUGCAUGUUCUGCAUUACAGAGUUACACUUACACAGUGUUUUUCUUGCAUACGGGUGUCUCCGCGGUUACUGGACAAGCGGUACUUUUUCAGCGUCUUCCCGCCGGCAUAUCGCGGGUUCGCGCUUUCCAUGCUGCCCUGUCUGCCGCCACUGCUUCUCCUGGUUUGGGUUGUGAGGGGGCGCAUGAUUACCUACGACGAGGGUAGCACGGUUCCCUGGCGUAGCUGCCCUGAGGGGGUCGUGCCCGACGAGUGUUCUGUCGGGAUCCUGGACGAGGGCACGCCCUUCAACGCCGGCGAUUCGACCUGGGACCCGGAAACAGCGCUUACGCAGAAGACCUUCGGCGAACGACGAACCGGGCGCACGGGCGUGACGCUGAUAGCAAUGGGCGCAUACCUAGUCAUCAUCUCCCUGCGGUGCUUUGUGCCCACCACGAUUUCCAAGUUUUACGCGGACGAGUCGCCGCAGACGAUCGCGGCUACGCAGCUGCUUACCAAGGCGGUGGCGGGAAUGAUGGGCACGAAGGGCGCCAAUGUGCGAAAGUUGCAACGCGAGGCGAGCGUGGACGACCAGAGAAAGAACAAGAUGGCGAAAAACGUGUACAACGAAGAGAGCGACGGGGAGGACGAUGAGAGGAACCUGCCCAUCUUCAUCCCGUACAUCUGGAAGCGAUCGUGCACGGCGCUGAUGAUGUUCGGCAAUGGACUCCUGAUGACUAUGAUUAUCGAGUUCUCGUUCUCGGAGUUCUUUAUGAAGAAUGUUUGGCUGAUGCAGGUCGCGAUCUACAUUGUAAAGCUGAUCGAGCAGACCGUGUUCUCGCAGUUCAUUCAGGAGGCUAUUCUCCUGGUGCCGAUCAAUGCCGUGAUUAUGGUCGUGUCGAACCUGACUACGCUGGCGGCGGAGGACCUGCUGGAGUUCAUGAUGGCAUUCUUCGUGAGUAUCGCACUGCAGGCGAUUGACCGGCUUUACGUGUCCUCCAAUCAGGACUUUUUCUACGAACAGGCCGUCCGCGGAUGGAACCGAGUGAAGGAGAGCUACCGGUGGCUUACCUCGGGGGCGCGGUUCGUCGACGUGAACAAAGUUCUGGACCAGCUGGACGUCGCCCUCAGUUCGGAUGACGAAGGCGAGACUGCAGCCAAUCGGGAUCCGAACAAAAAGGAAUUCGUUUCCAAAAACGAGGAAGCGGCGCAACCCGAGGACAUGAUCGCGUUCAUGUGCGGAUAUUCCACGGAUCUGGUGUCCACCUUUCUCCUUCCGGUGUACAUCCUGAUCACGUGGUAUGUCUACGACGAGAGCCAGAUCUUAGUACGGUACAACAUUCGAGUGGAUGCGACCUGGGAGUACAUCAAUUUCUAUGCGGUGGUGGUGUUCUUCAACCACGCAGUGGACAUCUUCUGCAUGAAUACGCUCGAGCUCUUCCACGGGUGGCGAUUGUGCGACUACUUUGAAUUCUGCGCCUACCGCUUCAGCAGUCGCCCGGUCCGCUGGAAGGGGUUAGGGGAGACCAUCGACGAAACGGUGGCGCCCAGUCUGCGGAGCGUGGAUUUGGCUUGUUUCAGCGAACAGUACUACUUCAUGAACUUCACGUGCUGUCUGGGCAUGCUGGUGUACAUUCUCGGGUUCCAGAUCAUCCUGCAGAACGACUGGAACGCGUUCUCGGAUCCGAACUCAUCGCUCACCUUCAUUCUCACCCUCGCCUUCUGCAAGGUCUUCCACAAAGUGACCUCCACGAUUGCGGACUACCUGGAGAUUUGGUACGUGCCGCACACUGACAUGGAGGUUUCCCUUCUGCGAGGCUACAUCGACAUCCGCGGUCUGGACGAAGAACUCCGGGACAUUAUGCUCUGUGAAACCGUCCCCGCCCCAUAGUUGUCAUGCAAAUCUGCAUACUUAGUAAAAUAUUUUCGAAUUUGUGAUGCUCCAAUCAGCAUAAUAGGCAAGAUCUGUGAUGCUUCUGAACUAGCUAAACAGGACUACAUUACGAUGCCAAACCUUUCACGCGCAACAACCAAAGCUGGGCGAUUUGUCUAGCAGAUUGGCAAUCUUGACUGCAGCGCCCCGACUAGAAUAGUUGAACGGUGAAGAAGGGGGCAGGGGAAAAAAAAUUUGCGAUCUUGUUGCCGGGGCGGGGACGUUUUUACUCAGGAUAGGCACAGAGGCAGACUUUGUGCAGAACCGGCGGGAAAUCAAGCCGCCGGCAUGGUCCGUGCUGCACGAUUGGAAGCCUCCCCACGCCAGCGACGUGCUCGGACUAGACCGGUACCGGACUGCCUUCAUCCAGGAGAACCAGCUCUGGCUGCAGCACGUGUUCGCAGAUCUUCUAGACGAGGAAACGAACCUGCAGUACCGGCGUACAUUAUUGAAAUCCUUCACGAAGAUUUUAGGCGAGAUCGAGCCGCAGUACUACUCGCCCUAUGGCGUGCCUCCGAAAAUGGUAAACGGGCAGAUCGUGGUACCCACCGGCGCAGCCGCGACCAGUGGCACGAGCGGGUUCGACUUCGACACAGCGCCGCCUCAGGAGCUGGUUGCCCACCAGGUUUCGCGGCGCAUGUUCAACAUGACCGAGACGCUCGCGCAGGAGAUUUUGCGCAUGUGGCUGGCGCGGGCACGGUUCCUCACAUGGCUGGAGGAUGUGUCGUCGCACUUGACCCCGCACUCGUACCACAAGAAAGAGAUUUGCGAGUUGUGCAAGAGUAACUACGACCUUUCCGUGGUGCCCGUCUACAACAUGGAUCACCUUGGGAGUCUGUACCGGUUGCAGCGCGACUACUCCCCGAUCUUCAAUACCCGGAUGUGGAACCACUUCUACAAAACCUUCACGCCCACAUGCACGGUGUGCCAGAAGUGUGCGCAGUACUACAGGAGUCGCAACUUGGACAUCCCGGUUGACGAGCGUCGUUUCAUGCGAAUGGUGCCGUCCUCCGACAUGAGCAGUCACGCCAUGCUGCAGCGCUCCAAAACGGAGCUCACGGUGGUCGACGGGCUCACGAGGACGCUGAUCGAGUUAUGGUAUGAGUGGGCCUGUCGUUUGACCAAAGGAGAGCCGCCCGAGAGCUUCUUGCCAAAGUGGGGAUUCGAGGCACCGACACGACCAAAUUUCUUGGAUGCCAUCGCGGGUGCCGACACAAGGGCGCUACUGGCGGACUCUGACGAGGAGGAGAACGAGGAGCUGAAUCGCGAGGAGCGAGAAAAACAGCGCGAGCUCGCCCGAAAGCAAAAGCUGCGCGAAGAAUGGUCGAGCAGUGAUGAGGAGGACGAAACGAAGAAGUUGCCCGGGGAAGUCAAAUUUCCUGUGGUGGACGUGUCUGCGCAGGUCGCGGCCAUGGUACGCCUGUGGCAUGACCUUGCGGUGCGGAAUCUGCGUCACCCUGUGCUGAGCGACUGGAUCGACCACGUAAACGAAAGUAUUCCAGUGGACGUCGCGCGCCCGGCUGGGUUUCGCCAGCGGUCACAAUACGUUGCGGUUUCAACGAUUCUCGAUCGCAUGCAGAAUCAGCAGGCGGCGGACCAGACAGGCAGGUAG